AAAACGUUCGUUUAUACAAUUGCUAUUGGAAGACGGUCAGUCCACCAAUCGUAAGACAAGGACAAAUUAAUGGCUGAAUAAAGCAUUUUGGAAAAUAUUAACACAGCAGAUAUGUGGCUGGAAUAGCUCACAUGAAGAACCCAUCAGGAGCAUACCAUAGCAACCCAAAUUCAAAGAGAAAGCAUCCAAAACGAUGUACCUUGGUCGUUUACCACAUUAGCACUGUACUGCUUCUGAUUGGCAUUAUUGUCACGAUAAUUGGAUUAGCUACAACCAGACUGUUUCAUGUAUACAUUUAUGACCACCGUAAUCCAGCCAAAUUUCACCAUGUACACAUACCAGUGGGUUUAUUUUCGAUUAGUACACAUGUUACAUGGUUAUCAAUGCAAAAGUCUACUUUGCCGAAUGAUCUUGAAAUUAAUGAUUCACGAUGGACAUUGGCUGGUACAAUGAGUUUAGUGGGCUUAUUGACAGCGAUUGCCGCUUUCAUUGUCCAUUUAACUCUUGCAUAUUGUAAAGCUAAUCACAAAUGGGUGAAUGUACUUGUUGAAGUUGUAUUACUUCUAGUAGCUGUUAUGUGUGUCUUGGUUGGAUUGAGUUUAGCUGAGACUGAAAUUGAAUACAUUCAUGAUCAUGGAGAUGCAGAUUUAACAAAAAUGUUACUUUCUAAUGGGUUAUUGGGUACAAAAGCUCCUAUGCAGUUUCAGUUAUCAUCUGACGGAUAUACAAAUACUUUGGGAUAUCAAAAGACAAGUCAGCUAGGAUCGGAUAAUCAAUUCUCUGAGACAGACAAUACUAAUGGUAUUGGUGUUGUGGAUAAGAGUAUUAAUUAUGGUGGUAGCAGUGGCAGCCGUAGUACAGAUUCUGAUUUUUUAGGUUCGAACGGCGAAUUCGCCUUGUUUCUCACUCCACCACUGUCUAGCUUUUUCCUUUUAAUUUCGGCUGAUUUCAUCUUUUUAUUGAGUUUCCUAGCUGUUCUCAUCUACUUUGUACGCUUGUGUGAAAAAGCUGAUGAGGAUAGGAAACAAAUGCGAAGUGCUGAAACAAGUCAUGCUUAGUUUGUUUGUCGUUUUCUGAUUGCCUUUUACAGCUCUAUGUGUGUGUGCGUUUGCGCACCCUUCUGCGAAGAAGACAGUUUUGACACCGGAGUAUGUGUGUGUAUGUGAGAGAGAGAGGGAGAGAGAGUAAAAAUCUAGAAAUAUAUGUGAUGUGGAUAGUUUGUAUAACUGAUUUUUCCAUUUUAUAAAUAAUUUCUUUGGUUGUUCGCUAUGACCUACAUGUUUCACACUGUUAUUACUAUUAUUGUUGUUUUCAGUAGUUUAUCAACAUUUUCCUCAUUUUGAAUGCUUUAGUCACCCUCCCUCUAACAUUGUAACCAAUUACUGCUUUGAUUGUCGAUGCGAAUAGAAGUAUAAUAGCGCGUCGGUAUAUUUCCAUUUUAAAGAUAUUUAUGUUGAAUGCAUC